UCAGGUUGUAGAUUAACAUGUGUGACCAGGAGCUCGAGCGUUUCUCCUCAGGCGUCUGUGCUAAAGACUCCGGUUAAAAUAGUUAAAAAAAAAAAGACCGUCAUACAAAGAUAGAAACUUAUACUUUCUGUCACCUAAAAGGUUAUUUUGCUGUAAAGUAUGUAGGGAGAGGUUUAUUUUCAUGUUGUGUAGUGCUCAGGUACAGGUACAGAGAUGUUUGGUGUUUUGUGGCUAGCUUUCUGCUCGGUUCUGGUAGCUCUGACGCUCGGGUUUGACCCGGAGACAUGCAGAAAUUUAAAAUUUUCGUUAAACGUUGUUCUUCUGGAGGACGAAGAUUCACUGUGGAGCCUAAAGUAUGUCCGAUACGCCAUAGAAAAAGCCAUCAAUGAUGAAAAUCUAAUCAAUAAUCAGACAGGUCUAAACUUCACGAUCAAGGGCAACUUUCAAGGGUUUAACACCACGUAUUACAGACGCAAAGGGUGCGGAAGCAGCACGUGUGAAGGAGUAGAGAUCCUCAAAACAUUACACAACUCUGGUGAUGUUGGCUGUGCGAUGCUUGGACCAUCCUGUACAUAUGCCACAUUCCAGCUUGUGGAUCAGGAGGUGGGGUUGACUCUGACCAUACCUGUAAUAUCUGCGGGGAGUUUUGGCCUGUCCUGUGAUGGCAAGGAAAAGCUGACUCGUCUUUUGCCUCCGGCCCGGAAAGUCUCGAGCUUUUUUGUUCAUUUCUGGAACGUGACGGUGCACAGACUCAAGCCCAAGCGCUGGAAGACGGCGUAUGUCUACAAACAACAGAAGAUCACUGAGGAGUGCUUUUGGUACAUUAAUGCGUUGGAAGCAGCAACGGCUCAGUUUUCCACACUGAUCCACAGGAAGGUGUUGCGCAGUAAAGAUGAGAUCGCUUUGGCUUUAUCAGAUCCAAACAGACACAGCAACAUUUUCAUCCUCUGCGGAGGUCCAGACGACAUCCGCUCCAUUAAAAGCGAGAUGACCGUGAGCAAGGACAUCGCCUUCAUCCUUAUAGACCUGUUUAAUCACGGAUAUCACGCCAACGCAUCAUCUUUUGACUACAUGAGGGACGUCCUGGUGUUGACUAUGCACAGCGUACGGAACUACAGUCUGCCUGGUUGGCCAUUCAAUUUCACUACUCUGAAUGAUUAUGUUGCAGGUUAUUACGAUGGCGUGGUUCUGUUUAGUCAAGUGAUGAGGGAGAUGUUACUCUCAGCUCAGGGUCUGGGAUCAGGGAACAUCACCGUCAACCUCCCGAGUGACAACCCCUUCCGAAACCUGUCCUUUGAGGGACUGGGCGGUCGCUAUGACUUGGAUGAAAAUGGAGACAGAAAUGUGAAUUUUUCUUUGAUGUACACAAGCGGCGUGUUUCAGUAUAAGACAUUGUUUGUGUUCGACACGUCUAAUGACAAGACCACGCUGAACCACAGUAACCCUGACCUGCCCUGGCCAGGCUCUCGACUGCCUGACGACAAACCUGCUAACGGCCUGGAGACGCACGAUAUCAUAAUGAUUGUGCUUGGAAUCAGUGUUGUACUUGCUACCGCAAUUGCUUUCAUCUUCUACAGACAGAACAGGAAGCAGCGCUACAAUCAAAAGAAAUGGUCACAUAUAAACUCAGAUCUCAUCGUGCCCCUAGACAGCCGAGAGCCAAGCUACAUAUCUCUUAAAAUCGAUGAGGACAAAAGGAGAGAAAGUACGUAUCAGAUACGGAGAGGACGCUACGAUAAAAAGCUUAUCAUUCUGAAAGAGCUAAAGCAGUCUGAUGGAAACUUCAUGGAGGAACAGCGCAUUGAACUCAAUUCUCUGCUGCGGCUUGAUUACUACAACCUCACAAAGUUUUAUGGCACGGUGAAGUACGAGUAUGGCGUGUUUGGUGUGUUUGAGUACUGCGAAAGAGGUUCUCUGAGGUACGUCCUCAACGAUAAGAUCUCGUACCCAGACGAGAGCUUCAUGGACCUGGAGUUUAAAAUCUCUGUCAUGUACGACAUCGCAAAGGGUAUGUCGUACCUGCACGCCAGUAAUACAGAGAUACACGGGAGGCUCAAAUCCACCAACUGUGUGGUGGACAACCGCAUGGUGGUGAAAAUCACAGACUUUGGCUGUAACACUAUCCUGACACCAGGGAAAGACCUGUGGACCGCUCCUGAACACAUGCGCACGACGGGGAUCUCUCAGAAAGGAGACGUCUACAGUUUUGCCGUAAUCGCUCAUGAGAUCAUUCUGAGACAAUGUCCUUUCUACACCGAGAGCUGCUCCGAUGUGGCAGAGAAACUGUACAGAGUUCAGUGUCCAAAUGGACUCAACGUCUUCAGACCCGACCUCAACUUUGAGACUGGUGGAGAGAGAGAAGUGGAGCUGUAUGUGCUGAUUAAGAGCUGCUGGGAUGAGGAUCCAGAAAAGAGACCAGACUUUAAGAAGAUUGAGAACACUCUGGGGAAGAUCUUCAGUAACCUGCAUGAUCAGGCCAAUGCUAGCUACAUGGACAACCUGAUCCGACGGCUACAGAUGUACUCACGCAACCUGGAGCAUCUGGUGGAGGAGAGAACGGCACUGUACAAGGCAGAGAGAGACCGAGCUGACCAGCUCAACUUCAUGCUGCUGCCUGGGCCUGUGGUGCGCUCCCUGAAGGAGACCGGUCGUGUGGAGCCAGAGUUGUUUGAUGAGGUCACCAUUUACUUCAGCGAUAUUGUGGGCUUCACCACCCUCUGCCACUACAGCACACCAAUGGAGGUGGUGGACAUGCUCAACGACAUGUACAAAAACUUUGACAGCAUCCUUGACAGCCAUGAUGUCUAUAAGGUGGAGACUAUCGGCGAUGCAUACAUGGUGGCAUCUGGUUUGCCACGGCGGAAUGGGAACAGGCAUGCGGUGGACAUCUGUCUCAUGGCUCUGGAUAUUUUGGAGUUCAUGGGAACGUUUCAGCUCCGGCACCUACCAGGAAUACCGCUGUGGAUCCGUAUAGGCGUUCACUCAGGACCUUGUGCGGCGGGUGUUGUGGGUAAUAAAAUGCCACGUUACUGCUUGUUCGGCGACACGGUGAACACCGCUUCCCGAAUGGAGUCAACAGGACUACCUCUGAGGAUCCACGUGAGCCAGUCCACGAUUAAUAUCCUACAGAGGACAGACUGUCAGUUCGAGUAUGAGACAAGAGGAGAGACGUUUCUCAAGGGUAAAGGAAAAGAGAUGACAUACUGGCUGAAAGGUGUAACGGGACAGAGGUACAACCUGCCCACUCCACCAACAGCAGAGAAUUUCCAGCGCCUGCAGCAGGACCUGGCCGAACUGAUCGUCUCCACACUCGCUAAACGAGGGAACGAGAUAAGAAAGACUCUCUCCACACGCCAACGCAGGAGCCAGAGACACGGCAGUGACGGCUUCCCCGAGUACCUACACCUGGCUGACCCCAGCACUUACCUGUAGCUCAUUAACACACACACACACACAUCUAAGCCCAAAGACGGGAUGGACAAUUGAGUUUAAUGGUCAAAUACAUAAGCGAUGUCUCUGCUCUAACACAGUUGAACUCAUCUGAUGUCUGAGAAUUUUGUCCAACACACAAAGACAGACGCAUGUCUUGAUUUGACCAUCAUUAGGUCAUUGCGUCAGUAAGUAGACACCGUAGACUCCCUCAUGUUCUAGGAAACACUGCAGGUUACACACUAAUACGAUCUGUCUGUGUUUUCAUGGUUCGCAUUAAUCGCAUGUACUAAAAGAAAUCCGAUUUAUUUUACAAACUAUUAAAUAUUUUUUUAAAUGUG